AUGGCUUCACGAGACUCUCCCGGUUCCCCUCUCUCCUCGGUGGGAUCCCUCGAGACUUCAGAUCAUGAAUCCAUGAAACAUGAAAGCCGCGCGCAUUCUCCCUCGAUGUCUAACAUGCCGCCAUCCAAGCGUCGUCGCACCGGUGGCGCAUCCUGGGACCGUCAAACUCCUCUCUCCUCUACCCAUGACGAAAACCACCCACCUCCCUCCCCGACUGCCUCGAUCUCCUCCGAUAGCUCCGGCGAUAUUCCCAACUCCCCUAGCAUCCUUACCCUCCUUGGUACCAAUCAAGAAGAUGACUACAGCGGCCAAAGCACCGACCAGGUUACUAUUUGCCGAUGGGAUGGAUGCAAUGCUGGCGACCUUGGCAACAUGGAUGGGUUGGUGCAGCAUCUCCACAACGAGCACAUCGGGAGCCGACAGAAACGGUACUCGUGCGAGUGGACGGAUUGCACCCGCAAAGGUCAAACGCAUGCUAGUGCUUAUGCCCUCCGCGCACAUAUGCGAAGUCACACCCGCGAGAAGCCAUUCUACUGCACUCUGCCGGAAUGCGACCGCAAUUUCACUCGCUCUGACGCCCUGACCAAGCACAUGCGGUCUGUUCACGAGACUGACACUAUGCGCCCGAUCGACUCCAUCUCAAAAGUCCACGGCACCCCGGGCAGCACUACUGGCACCCCUGCCUCGAAGUUGCAACGCAUCCGCUUGAAGCUGACCCAGCCCAGGGAGCCGGGAAGUGAGUCUGAGCCACACACCGAAGCAAUCACUAUUGUGCCAACUCCCACCCCCAUCAUAACCGACGCACACGAUCCCGACGAGACCUCGAUGCCAGAGUUUGGCCCGGAGCUCGACUUCGACGAAUCGGAGCUCGCCCUAGCUCCGCGCGACCUCUACCGUCUUCUCCGUCGACAGAUCGCGUGGGCUGGCAAGGAGGCCACACAGCUGCAAGCCGAGUGGGAAAUAAUUCGCCCGCAGCGCGAGCAAGCAUGGCGUGAGAAGGAGGCUAUCUUUGACGACCUCAUUGACGCCGAGAUUGGCUUGUUCAGCGCAAUGGUCGGCUCAGUACCCCCCGUGCACCUAACGACCAGCCUCGAAAAGUUGCAACAGCAGCAACAGCAGUUUCAGAAUCAACAGGAGCAGCUGGCCAAGUCGGCAGAGGUGCCGACUAUCGAGGGCAGCACUUAG